GCCGAGAACCCUCCUCCAGUCGUCAAACAAGACGUUGUAGUCGUACCCGAGUCAAGACCCUCAAGAGCCUGCAACAUGGGCGCAUACAAAUACAUCAGCGAGUUGUACAGAAAAAAGCAGUCUGACGUGCUGCGUUUUCUUCUCCGUGUUCGAUGCUGGGAGUACCGCCAAUUGAAAGUCGUUCAUCGUGCAUCUCGUCCUUCUCGUCCUGACAAGGCUCGUCGGUUGGGAUACAAGGCCAAGCAGGGCUACGUUAUCUACCGUAUUCGUGUCCGUCGCGGUAACCGCAAAAAGCCAGUUCCAAAGGGUGCCACCAAUGGCAAGCCCGUCCGUCAGGGUGUCAACCACUUGAAGCCCCAGCGCAGUCUCAGGAGUACCGCCGAGGAACGUGUUGGAAGGCGUUGUGGAAACCUGCGAGUUCUGAACUCAUACUGGGUAAACCAGGACGGCGUUUACAAGUAUUUCGAAGUCAUUCUUGUGGAUCCUAACCACAAAGCUAUUCGCCGGGAUCCCCGUAUCAACUGGAUUACCAAGCCAGUGCACAAACGCCGCGAAGCUCGUGGUCUCACCAGCGUUGGGAAACAGAACAGGGGAUUGGGCAAGGGCCAUCGUCACAACCACGCUCCUGCUCGUUCAACCUGGAAGAAGCACAACACACUGUCUCUUCGUCGUUACCGAUGAUUUACUUGCAUAUUUUCUGUUGUUCUUCCAUUAUGUUACUUCAUACUUGCUAUGCUUUGUAUGACCAUGAAGUUUCACCAAAAAGAUAUCAUGUGCUCCUACAUUUUGUAAAGGAACUUUUAGGUUGUGAGCUCCAUAAUAAGCACAGCAAUGGCAAACCGGCAUCUCACCAAUUCUCACG